CCCGGUCCAAAGGCUCCGGAGACCGGGGUGUCCUCCCAUGCCGCCUCGCCGCAGAGUGGACGCGGCGGUCGGUCGGCGGAAGGCGGACGUGUCGGCGCCGUCAUGAUGCUGAUGGGCGAGCAGGCCGAGCGACCUUUGACACCGCCCACCGCCACGCAGCAACUGCUUCAUCCCCGAGGGAGGCGUUCCGGGGCGGAAAAAGAAUCUCAGAGGAGACGAAGAAGACCCGCAGACCUCCAGCUGGCUUUGGACACCGAACCGGAAACCAGCGAGAGUGGGAAGAAGACCACCGGAAGCCGCAGACUGAACCCCGUGGAGCAGCUGUCACCUGUGACCAGUCCCACCCGGAAGAAGUCUCCGUCCGUGCAGGUGCGUCACUCGGGUGUUGGGGUGUGUCCUCCCGUGCAGCGUGUGUCCAAGACCACCGCUCACUUCCACAAGCUCUUCAAGGAGGUGGGCCGAGACCAGGCGCUCCAACAAAGCUACACCUGUGCCCUGCAGAAGGACAUCUUGUACCAGGGGAGGAUGUUUCUCUCUCAGAACUGGAUCUGCUUCCACUCCAAGGUCUUUGGCAGAGACACCAAGAUCGCCAUCCCGGCGGCGUCGGUGACGCUGAUCAAGAAGACCAGGACGGCUCUGCUGGUGCCAAACGCCCUCGUCAUCCAGAGGUCACAUGAUCAGCACGUCUUCGUGUCCUUCCUGUCCCGCAACACCGCCUACAAGUUCCUGCGCUCCGUCUGCGUCCACCUGGAGGUGGAGAAGACGUGCGGCGGCGAUGUUGAGGACGACUUCGGAGCCCGGGUGCCGCCGUCCCUUCCUCGGGCCAGUCGGGAUGUUUUUACCCCCCCGUGGCGUCCAUUGUCCAGCUUCCUGUGCGCACCGCAGGACUUCUCCGGAACCUUCUCUGAUGAGGACGGCGUGGGGCGCCCCGGGCGGCGGGAGACCACGGACAGCAGCAGCUCGGGGUCCCAGACUCCGGACUACGACAAACUAAACGACUUUGCCGGCCUCCCGUUUGUCGUCGGCGGCGUGACGAGCGGAGAAGUUUCCGUCCUGGCUGACGUUCACCUGCAGCCGGCCACAAAAAACGAGGGGUCACCUGGGGGUGAGGCCACACAGGUGCACAAGUUCCGGCGUCACGCGUCCUUGCGCGCCGUCCUGCUACUCUACUUGUUUUUGGCCGGCGUCCUGGUGGCGUCCUCCUGCUACAUGGCCUUCAAGAUGGCGGGCCUGGAGCGUCGUCUGAACUCCAUGUUGGCGGCCGGGGAGCGCCUGCACGGCUCGACCGCAGCGAGGCUUCGGGACGCUGAGAUGGUCCAAGAGCUCGCCGCCAACCUGUUCAAGCUGGACAAGGUUCGGAGAAACCUCCAGAAGCUGCUUGACGACCCUCUGUUUCCGCCCGUCCAGACUCUGUUUCCGCCUGCCCAGACUCUGUUUGCGCCCAUGCAGACUUUGUUUGCGCUCGCCCCGACUCUGUUUGCGCCCGUCCAGACUCUGUUUGCGCCCGCCCAGACUCUGUUUGCGCCGGCUUGGACUUUGUUUGCACCCGCACUGACUUUGUCGCUCCAACGCAGACUUUGUUUCCGUCCACACAGCCUCUGUUUGCGCCCGCUCCGACUCGACUUUUUUUGCACUCGCCCCGACUCUGUUUGCGCCCGCCCCGACUCUGUUUGCGCCCGUCCAGACUCUGUUUGCGCCCGUCCAGACUCUGUUUGCGCUCGUCCAGACUCUGUUUCCGCCUUCCCAGACUCUGUUUGCGCCCGUCCAGACUCUGUUUGUGCCCGCCCAGACUCUGUUUCCACCUGCCCAGACUCUGUUUCCGCCUGCCCCGACUCUGUUUGCGCCCGCCCCGACUCUGUUUGCGCCCGCACAGCCUCUGUUUCCGCCUGCCCAGACUCUGUUUGCGCCCAUGCAGACUUUGUUUGCGCUCGCCCCGACUCUGUUUGCGCCCGCCCAGACUCUGUUUGCGCCGGCUUGGACUUUGUUUGCACCCGCACUGACUUUGUCGCUCCAACGCAGACUUUGUUUCCGUCCACACAGCCUCUGUUUGCGCCCGCUCCGACUCGGUUUGCGCCCGCCCAGACUCAGUUUGCGCCCGCUCAGACUUUGUUUGCACCCGCACUGACUUUGUCGCUCCAACGCAGACUUUGUUUCCGUCCACACAGCCUCUGUUUGCGCCCGCUCCGACUCUGUUUGCGCCCGCCCAGACUCUGUUUGCGCCCGCCCAGACUCUGUUUGCGCCCGCUUGAACUUUGUCGCUCCAACGCAGACUUUGUUUCCGUCCACACAGCCUCUGUUUGCGCCCGCUCCGACUCGGUUUGCGCCCGCCCAGACUCAGUUUGCGCCCGCUUAGACUUUGUUUGCACCCGCACUGACUUUAUUGCGCCCAUGCAGACUUUUUUUGCACUCGCCCCGACUCUGUUUGCGCCCGCCCCGACUCUGUUUGCGCCCGUCCAGACUCUGUUUGCGCCCGUCCAGACUCUGUUUGCGCUCGUCCAGACUCUGUUUCCGCCUUCCCAGACUCUGUUUGCGCCCGUCCAGACUCUGUUUGUGCCCGCCCAGACUCUGUUUCCACCUGCCCAGACUCUGUUUCCGCCUGCCCCGACUCUGUUUGCGCCCGCCCCGACUCUGUUUGCGCCCGCACAGCCUCUGUUUCCGCCUGCCCAGACUCUGUUUGCGCCCAUGCAGACUUUGUUUGCGCUCGCCCCGACUCUGUUUGCGCCCGCCCAGACUCUGUUUGCGCCGGCUUGGACUUUGUUUGCACCCGCACUGACUUUGUCGCUCCAACGCAGACUUUGUUUCCGUCCACACAGCCUCUGUUUGCGCCCGCUCCGACUCGACUUUUUUUGCACUCGCCCCGACUCUGUUUGCGCCCGCCCCGACUCUGUUUGCGCCCGUCCAGACUCUGUUUGCGCCCGUCCAGACUCUGUUUGCGCUCGUCCAGACUCUGUUUCCGCCUUCCCAGACUCUGUUUGCGCCCGUCCAGACUCUGUUUGUGCCCGCCCAGACUCUGUUUCCACCUGCCCAGACUCUGUUUCCGCCUGCCCCGACUCUGUUUGCGCCCGCCCCGACUCUGUUUGCGCCCGCACAGCCUCUGUUUCCGCCUGCCCAGACUCUGUUUGCGCCCAUGCAGACUUUGUUUGCGCUCGCCCCGACUCUGUUUGCGCCCGCCCAGACUCUGUUUGCGCCGGCUUGGACUUUGUUUGCACCCCCUCUGUUUGCGCCCGCUCCGACUCGGUUUGCGCCCGCCCAGACUCAGUUUGCGCCCGCUCAGACUUUGUUUGCACCCGCACUGACUUUAUUGCGCCCAUGCAGACUUUUUUUGCACUCGCCCCGACUCUGUUUGCGCCCGCCCCGACUCUGUUUGCGCCCGUCCAGACUCUGUUUGCGCCCGUCCAGACUCUGUUUGCGCUCGUCCAGACUCUGUUUCCGCCUUCCCAGACUCUGUUUGCGCCCGUCCAGACUCUGUUUGUGCCCGCCCAGACUCUGUUUCCACCUGCCCAGACUCUGUUUCCGCCUGCCCAGACUCUGUUUGCGCCGGUUUGCACCCGCCCAGACUCUGUUUGCGCCCGCUUGGACUUUGUUUGCACCCGCACUGACUUUAUUGCGCCCAUGCAGACUUUUUUUGCACUCGCCCCGACUCUGUUUGCGCCCGCCCCGACUCUGUUUGCGCCCGUCCAGACUCUGUUUGCGCCCGUCCAGACUCUGUUUGCGCCCGUCCAGACUCUGUUUGCGCUCGUCCAGACUCUGUUUCCGCCUGCCCAGACUCUGUUUGCGCCCAUGCAGACUUUGUUUGCGUUCGCCCCGACUCUGUUUGCGCCCGUCCAGACUCUGUUUGCGCCCAUCCAGACUCUGUUUCCGCCUGCCCAGACUCUGUUUGCGCCGGCUUGGACUUUGUUUGCACCCGCACUGACUUUGUUGCUCCAACGCAGAUUUUGUUUCCGUCCACACAGCCUCUGUUUGCGCCCGCUCCGACUCGACUUUGUUUGCGCCCACCCCGACUCUGUUUGCGCCCGUCCAGACUCUUUUUGCGCCUGCGUUGACUUUGUGUGCACCCACACUGACUUUGUUGCGCCCACGCAGACUUUGUUUGCGCCCACCCCGACUCUGUUUGUGCCCGCCCAGACUCUGUUUGCGCCCGCCCAGACUCUGUUUGCGCCCGCCCAGACUCUGCGCCCGCUUGGACUUUUCUAUGUUUGCGUCCGGCCCGUCCAGACUCUGUUUGCGCCCGCUUGGACUUCGUUUGCGCCCGUCCAGUCUCUGUUUGUGCCUGCUUGGACUUUGUUUGGACUCGCACCGUCUCUGCUUCCUCUGUUUGCGCCCGCCCAGACUCUGUUUGCGCCCGCCCAGACUCUGUUUGCGCCCGCUUGGACUUUGUUUGUGUUCCGGUUGCUAAGUGUGCCGGUCAUACACACAAGAUCGGACAGCAUGGCCGCUCAGGAGCCGUCGCCGCCGUCGUCCAUGGAGAGCAACAAGCCGGGCUUCCCCAAGAAGAUCCUGGGCAACAAGCUGGAGGACAAGCACCUGUGCAACUGCUGCCACAACAUCCUGCGGCGGCCCGUCCAGGCGCAGUGCGGCCAUCGCUUCUGCUCGUACUGCUUCAACCUGGCCGUCAGUAACGGGCCGCACAAGUGCAGCGCUUGCAUCAAGGAGGACAUUUUCGAAGAACCCACGUCUAUCCUGAGACAAGGAUGCGCUUUUCCCGACAACGCAGUUCGCAGGGAGGUGGAGAACCUCUCGGCGCUCUGCAUCAACGAAAGCUGCACCUGGAGAGGAACCAUCAAGGAGUACGAGCUGAACCACGAAGGCAAGUGCGAGUUCAUGGUCGUCCCGUGCCCGUCCUGCAAGGAGCGGAUUCGCUUCAGCGAGCAGGAGCGCCACAGCGAGCGCGAGUGCCCGGAGAGGACGCUCAACUGCAAGUACUGCAAGGAACCCUUUCACUUCAAAAACAUCAAGGCACACGAUGAGAUCUGUCCCAAGUACCCGAUGAUCUGCGAGGGCUGCGCCAAGAAGAAGAUACCCAGGGAGAAGUAUGUGGACCACAUCAAGUUCUGCAGCAAAUUCAGGACGCCGUGUCGCUUUCACGUCGUGGGAUGCGACAUGUCUGUGGAGAAAGAGAAGACUCACGACCACGAGCGUGCGUUUGCCUACGAGCACCUCAACCUGCUGCUGCACUACAUCAUGGGCAUGAAGGUGAGCAUGGAGGGGCUGCAGCCGCAGGGUCUGGAGGUGGCGGGACACAAACUGGUGGAACUGCAGCAGUCCCUCAGGGAACUGGAGGCCCGAGUCUCCCAGCUCAGCACCACCUCCCCCUGGCCUCCCGUGCAGGGAGCCGCCGCCUCCUCGUCCUCCGGCUCGGGCCCGUCCGCCUCGGCGCCCCUGCCGCCGCCACCCACUCUGGCGCCCACCCUCUCCGUGUCUACCUCCUUCACGCCGCUGCCCAGCUCGGUGGGCGCGGCGCUGGAGCUGCAGCUCCACAGCGAGAAGACCAAGGUGGCCGAGCUGGGCCGCCGGUGCACCGAGUUGGAGGUGAAGUCCGGCACCUUUGAAAACGUGGUGUGCGUCCUCAACAGAGAAGUGGAGCGCUUCGCCACCACCAUGGAGGCCAGCAACCGCCAGCACAAGCUGGACCAGGACAAGAUCGAGGCUUUGAGUAACAAGGUGCGGCAGCUGGAGAGGACGGUGGGGCUGAAGGACCUGACGGUGGCAGAGAUGGAGGGUCGGCUGAGGGAGAUGUCUGCCACCACCUUUGAUGGCGUCUUUGUCUGGAGGAUCUCAGAUUUUGCCAAAAAGAGACAGGACGCUAUCGCGGGGCGAGCCCCCGCCAUGUUCUCGCCAGCGUUCUACACCAGCAAGUACGGCUACAAGAUGUGUCUGCGGAUCUACCUGAACGGCGACGGGACGGGCCGAGGCAGCCACCUGUCCUUGUUCUUCGUGGUCAUGCGAGGACUCAGCGACGCCCUGCUCAAAUGGCCCUUCAACCAAAAGGUGACGCUGAUGUUGCUGGACCAGAGCAACCGCGAGCACAUCAUCGACGCCUUCCGCCCCGACGUCACCUCCUCCUCCUUCCAGCGGCCCGUCAGCGAGAUGAACAUCGCCAGCGGCUGCCCGCUCUUCUGCCCGCUCUCCAAGCUGGACGCCAAAAACUCCUACAUCCGCGACGACACCAUCUUCAUCAAGGCCAUCGUGGACCUCACCGGCCUCUAG